AAGACUGCUUCCAAUUAAAGACUACCAGCUUUGUCUGCUGUCUUCCAAUAUUGCCUAGCUUUUAGCUAUUUAAGGUGAUUAGAUGUAUUAAAACAUGUCGGUUGUAAAUCUUUUCAUUGCCAGGUUGUAGCAGUGAAUCUGAUAAUUACCGACCUAACACGUGAUGAGUUUAUCAACGUGAUUAUCACGGAAUACGUUAGACAAGGCAUGUGCCUUUAAGGUGAGAGGACAGUGUCAUAGUGUCGUUAAACCCUUGUGAGACUGAUGUAGUUGUCUCAAAAGUUUAACUAGGGAACAGUGCUGUGGAUGAAAGCAGUCCAACCCUGAGAGAUAACAAGCGGAGAAGAAGGCAGCCGAAGAGGGGGACAAGAGACUGGCAAUUGAUCCUCAGACUGAUGCGGUCCGUUGAAGGGAACAUUAUCAGACAUAAUAAUCUGAAUGAACUAACGAACAGACCGCAACCACCCAAACUCAGGUCGAUUGAUACCGAAAACAAUCGGAAUGAGAUGUAUGCGACUGACUUGCGCCCUGGACAUGAGGGAACACCGUGCGCUGUUAACGAAACGAUAGUUGGUUUCUUUCUUCAAGGGGACUACCGGACUAGGAACCUUUGUUGAUCUAACCAUGUCUUUUGAAUUUCGAGCGCUGCUUUUCGGAAUUGUCACUAUGUUGGUGAUAUUUUUAAUAAUUGCUGACAUUUCUGUAGUGGAAGAAGAAAUAGCGAACAUUGGAGAAUCUCAGAAGUACUAUUUGCACAGCUCUGCUCCCAAACUCAACAGAAGUACGGUGUUGGUGCCUAGCUCCGCUCCUGUCGUAAAAUCCAAGGGAGACAACAGCUCCUUAGCUCAGUUUGCCAGAAAUGGAACCUCUGCAUCCCCUGCAGAAUGGACGUUCAAUAGGACACUCUCCAACAUGAUCAGACACUUUGAUCCACAGCAACUUACAAUUGAGAAAGUCAGUGAAGUCACAGUUAAUCAGGAGACCUGUUGA